GAUUGGUCGGUAUUUUUUAUUUUCCCAUUCUCAUCCUGCUCUGUUUUGAGCCUUUUCCGCGAAUUUGUGAAGAUCGAUGUUUCCCGUAUCAUUAAACCGCAAGAAUUUAAUUAAAUUUGAAACUAGGAUUAGAUAAAAAAGAAAUAGAAGUAAACAAUUUUUGUUUUUUGAGGCGUAAAGUUUUUAAUAUAGUAUCUACUUUUCACUUUAUUUAAGCAAAUUAUUAUGCGUACCAUUAUUUUUUUAAUGUGAUAUUCUCUCAAAAUAAUCAAAAAUGGUAUUUGAAAACGGGUCACCUAUACAUACAGUUUGGAAAAGUGACUUGUAUCGUAUGCAACUCGAAGCUCCUGUGCCAGUGCCUAUAAUAUGUGACCAGAUUAUACCCUACAAACCUCCUUGCUUUGGUCAAGAUUACCAUGGAAGACUAUCUCAUGUAGAGGAGUCGAAUUUGUUGCAUUCUCAACCAAAUGGUGCAUAUUUAGUUCGCGAUAGUAGAUCUGGUAAUGGUCAGUUUUAUACUUUAAGCCUCAAAUUUAAUGACAAAAUUCAUCACUAUAAACUGUUCCAUGAUGCUAAAUCUGGUCUUUACAUAAGAGAGAAACGUUAUGAUUGUGCACAAUCUCUGGUCGCAGAUGGAUUGAUCACAAUGUAUUUGGAGCUCAAAGCUCCUGUUAUAUUGCAAAAGUUGACCACUGUUAAUUACCAAGAAAGUCCCUACAUGACUCUUAAUAAAAGGAAGCUUAAAGCUCUUUCCAAAGAAAAUACUGUAAACCUAAAUGUUUUUGGAAGUACAAACAGCGAAAGUUCGCCACUUUUACAACAUUCUUCAAUGCAAAACAUUCCUGAUAAAACUGAAAAAAUGCAUACAUUUAAAGUUACUACUUUCAAAGGACUGAAUUGGUGUGAAUUAUGUGCAAACUUCUUAUGGGGAUUUACACUGCAAGGCAAGAAGUGUGAGGAUUGUGGAGUAAUUGCACACAUUAAAUGCUCCGAAAACUUUGCAAAUGAUUGCGUUCCAGAUUUGAAAUAUUUGAGAGGUGUAUUUGGAAUAGAACUGACGACACUGUUGAGUGCCUAUAAGGCAGAGCUCCCUUUUGUUGUUACUAAGUGCAUCACUGAAGUAGAGGCCCGAGGUCUUUAUACAGAAGGUAUUUAUAGGUUAAGUGGUUUUGCUGAUGAGAUAGAUGCAAUCAAAAUGGCGCUCGAUAAAGACGGUGAGAAGGCGGAUUUAAGUGUCAAACGAUAUCCCAGCAUAAAUGUUAUAACAGGGGCCUUGAAGCUCUAUUUGAGGAUAUUACCAGUGCCUCUGAUAACAUUUGAGGUCCAUCCAAGGCUCAUUGAUGCAAUACGUAAGUUUGCAUUGCUCAAAAAAGCAUUUUAUGCAGGGACUUUUGCAGAAAACAACAACUUGGAAUCUCAGUUGCCCUCUAUUAAGCAUGCAUUGUUGUCACUUCCCAAACCCCAUUAUGACACCCUUAAAUUUGUGAUUGAGCACUUAAAUAGAAUUUUGUUAUCUAGGGUCGCCUUGCAUUCCCCCAUAAAUAAAAUGAACGCCCUAAAUUUGGCAACCGUGUUUGCUCCCACUUUAAUCCACCAUCCUGCGAACGUCAUCCCUGACGUAAGAAGCGAUAUUAUUCUUCUGGAAUUGAUGAUAAAUAAUGUGGAUGUGGUUUUUGUUAAUUAGUUUUGUGAAAAUUGUGAUUUAAGUUUUACUGACAAUGAAUCAGUUAUACCAAGUGUGAUUUGAUUUGUGAUCAUUAAUUCAUUUAGAAGGUUAACAAUUUGUUUUUUUUUUUCAUUUAUUGACUUUUAUUUCUUUGCAGCUAUGUUAAAUCUAGUUCAGUUUUUUUACAUUCCCAGUUUCUUAUUUUUUUUAUUAAUAUAUCUCCGGGCUCUCUGAGCAUGGUGUGAUAUUAGGUAGUAAUUAAUGGUAUCGUGCACUCUAUUUAUCGAUUUUUAUAUUAAUCUUUUUUAAGUGAUUAAAAUAUUUAAGUUUGUUUUACUUUGUAUUCAAUAAAUGUUUAAAACAUGCAACCAUAUUUGUUAAUUUCGUUACUAACAAUAAUACUGUGAAGUGUGAAGAACAUUCGAUGAAUUUUGUUUUACUAUCUCCAAUUACUUAGUGUUUUCUGAAACAAUAACUAAUAAUUAUUAUUUCAUCAACAUUUGAGUAAUCCAUUUUACAAUUUGUUUAAAUUAUUAUUUUGAUUUUAACCAUCAGUGAAAAGCCGUGUCAAUCUUCUGUUAAUUUACAGAAAACCCAUACCAACAUUUCACCGUUUCUGAGAUAUUUAACAUGUUUUAUUAAAUCACUCUGUAGAAAAUAGUCUGUUGGUAGGUGUUAGGGAAAUGUACCGUCCUAGAAAUUUGAAAAAAAAAAAGGUAAACCGGCCAAUUUAAAAUCCUGGUAUUUAAUAAUGUGGUGUUUUAAAACUGAUAAGAUUAUGUUUUACUUUUUACUCAAUAACAACGAAAUAUUAGUAAACCAUUGUUAUUCAACUUCGAGACAAGUUGCAAUGGUAAGUGUUUCGUCGGCAUUUUGAAAAAUUGAAAAAAGCCCUAUUUUUAAAGACGGGUUAGUUAAAAAUAACUUUGAUAAUAACAAUAAUAACUUUGAUUAAAUUGACUGCCAUAUAAAAUUCCAUAUAAAUCACUUUUAGUAUAUAUUUGGAGAAUGAAAAUCGAGUGCCGUGGUCCAAU